AUGCCUGUCGAGUUUCUCUCCUGGCUCAGGGUGGACAGAGACGAAGCCCGGGGUCUUCGUCACGGCCACCGGGCCUUCGCAGCCGCCCCUCAGCCCGUCUCCUCUCCCGCCUGCGUCUCGGUCGCAGCCACGCUGACUCUUGGUUGUUCUUUGAACAAGGCAAGCACGCUCCUGCUUCGGAGCUCUGCUUCAGAUUUGAAAUCCUCUCGUUAUAAAGCCCCUCCCGAGGGGGAGCAUGGCCGUUCCUUGCUCCCUCCUGUCUCUGCUUAA